CAGGACGAGAAGAAGUGGCGCCGCAUGUGCAAGGUGGCGGGCUGCACCAAGUACAUCGUCCAGAUGGGUCGGUGCUGUCGUCACGGGGGCGGCAAGAAGUGCUUGGUGGACGGGUGCUUCACGGGCGCCAAGCACCGCGGCUUGUGCUGGAAACACGGCAGCUGUACGGAGUGCACGGUCGAUGGCUGCAACAAGAAGGCGAAGGCGCGCGGCCUGUGCUGGUCUCACGGCGGCGGCACCCAGUGUCAGCACCCGGGGUGCACCAAAGUCACCAUCUGCAAAGGCUUCUGUUGGGCGCACGGCGGCGGCAAGCGCUGCCUGGUCUCCGACUGCAUCAAACCUGCGUUCGAGCGCACGCACAACUUCUGCCAGAUGCACUAC